GAGAAGGGAGGGAGGCAGAUGGCUCCCGUCAGUCUGCCGCCUGGCUUUAGGUUCCACCCGACCGAUGAGGAGCUGGUUAAUUACUACCUCAAGAGGAAGAUUCAUGGACUCAAGAUUGAACUUGACAUAAUCCCAGAAGUGGAGCUAUACAAGUGUGAACCAUGGGAAUUAGCAGAGAAGUCAUUCUUGCCUAGUAGGGAUCCAGAGUGGUAUUUUUUUGGGCCACGAGAUCGAAAGUACCCAAAUGGUUUUCGCACCAAUCGUGCAACACGAGCAGGGUACUGGAAGUCGACAGGGAAAGACCGGAGAGUUUGCCAUCAGAAUCGAGCCAUUGGUAUGAAGAAGACAUUGGUAUAUUAUAAAGGACGAGCUCCACAGGGUAUCAGAACAGACUGGGUGAUGCAUGAGUACCGUCUCGAUGACAAGGAAUGUGAGGAUACCAUGGGAAUUCAGGACUCAUAUGCAUUGUGUCGAGUUUUCAAGAAAAAUGUGGUUUGCACAGAAGUGGAAGAGCAGGGGCAAUGUAGCUUGGCAUUGGUGGAGGGCUCCCAAGGAGCACUUGCUGAGUAUGAGACCAUGUCACCUGAUGUGCCUGUGGGAUCAUCAUGUUGCUUAGAUGAGGAUGAAAAAGAUGAUACAUGGAUGCAGUUCAUUGCUGAUGAUGCAUGGUGCAUUAAUGUGUCAAGCAAUGAGGGUGGUCAAGACCCAUCGUGUGUGGCUAUUGCUAAUUUAUAGGCUCCCUUUUCACCCUUUCUUUUGCAUGGUAUUAGUGGUAAAAAACAUGCUUGGAAUAUAAUUUUCAAUGUAAAAAUGCACAUAUUCAUAUUAAUUACAUUUCCUGAGGAGCUUGCUUGGGCCUUCAAAUCUUGGGUUUGGCCAUGGGACUAUAUGGUUGUAUUUUGUGCAUGGAAAUACAGUGUAACUAAUAUAAGAACUUCUUUUAC